UUUCAUUAUUCCAAAGCUUUGCUACAAGGAUGGCGGAGCUUCUCGGCGCAAUGCUGCGAAUAACAGUACUUUUGCUUGCGUUGGGUUGUGUAGCAGCCAAAAGGUUUUCAAUAAUGGCUCCCAAUAUGUUUCACAUUGGUGUCCAGGAGAAGGUAUCAGUGACGGUGUUCGACGCACCGCAACCGGUGACAGUGAAGUUAUACUUACAAGACUAUCCACAUAGACAAAAGACAUUCUCAGAAGUGCAAGGAGUUGUGGAAAACGAUAAAAGCAUUUUUCUUCCCAUAAAGGUGGACCCACAGGACCUUUCAGAUCCCAGUUCCGUAGAUAAACAGUAUAUUUAUUUGAUUGCAAAGUCAGAUGAUGGCCACUUUCAGUUUCACAAAGAAGCGAAGAUUCUUUUGAGUUACAAAGACGGGGUGGUAUUCAUACAGACUGACAAACCCGUCUACACACCAAGACAGAGUGUGAAAAUCAGAGUGAUGCCGCUUGAGUUUGAUAUGAAGCCAUCAAGGAGGAAGAUUACCGUGGUAGUCAUGAAUCCACAGGGUGUCCGUGUACAACAGUGGAAAGACUUGGACACCACUACAGGUAUCAUAUCAAAAAGGCUCGAACUGGGCGACUUUAUACUCCAUGGUAAUUGGACCAUAACAGCCGUUUACGGUCACCAGAACAUCCACAACACUUCUGUGCAGUUUGAAGUUAAAGAAUAUGUGCUCCCCAAGUUUUCAGUGAAAGUCUCAGUGCCACCUUACAUACUGAAAACAGACGAUGCAUUCGGGAUCAAUAUUACUGCAAGGUACACUUAUGGGAAACCUGUUCUCGGAAGUGCUACAUAUUCUUUGUUUAUUGAGGGUGUUGAUGGUCAAACUAUAAAGUUUGAUGCGCAAACCAUUAUACUUCACAGCAGUGGAGUUACUACCGUCCCACGACGGAUCCAGAUGAUUCGAGACCUUCCUGGGAAUAUCUGGUUCCCGUUGAAAGCCAGACUUCUGGUUCAGGUUGAUGUUGUUGAGGCGGUGACUGGUAACAAGGCAACUGUUGAGGAUAGAACAUGCCAAUUUACAUCAAGCCCUUACCGCAUUGCCUUUAAGAACACACCAAGAUAUUUUAAACCAGGAUUGCGGUAUGUAGUGAAGGCUGUUGUUACCUAUCCCAACACAAAGCCAGCUAAGAAUGUUCCAAUGCUGAUUUCUGCCAAAGGGAAACAGGGAAAUAACGAAAUCGAUUUGAAGAGAGAGGAUCGAGACCCCAAUGUGGUAGACUUGACAGAUGAAAAUGGAGAGGUUGAGUUUGUAGUGGAUGCUUGUUCAAUCUGUGCGGAAAUUAAUAUUAAGGUUAAAACGGACAAUCAGAACCUAACUCCUCAACAGAAUGCAGUCGCCAGGUUGAUUGUGAACCCAUUUGACGCAGAAAAUGGACCGCUGAUUAUGGUUCGUCAGCUGACACAUGGAAAGGUUGGCCGUAAAAUACAGUGUGAAAGUUAUCGAAGCCGCAACGACGCUGCAGCCAAACUUUCGUUUGCGGUUGUGUCUCGAGGACGAAUUAUUUCUCACAACACAACAGACAACUUUGACGGAAUGUUUAAAAGUUGGUCGUUCCGUGUCACUUCUGAAAUGUCACCAUCAGCACGUUUGAUUGGUUAUUACAUUGACAGCAACGAACGCGUUGUAGCUGACAGCAUUUUGCUCAGAAUUGAUGACAAACUUCCAACCGAGGUCGAAUUUCCAGAUUCGUGGCAACAGCAGGCCGAUGGGUCCUUCGUGCAGCUCAACGAAGUGAAAAAAGACCCUGGAAGACAUUACCAACUGGAAGUCAGGGCCCCACAAGGGACACGUCUGGGUCUUCUGAGUGUGGACCAAAGUGUGUACCUGUUGAGAAACGAGAACAGACUUACUAAGGACAGGAUUUUUAAGACCAUAGAGGGACUUGAUCUUGGUUGUGGUGUAGGAGGAGGACGGAACAACAAAGACAUUUUUAAGAAUGCUGGUGUUGUCCUGAUGACUGAGAACUUUGUGAGUGACGGGAGAGAAGAUUACGGCUGCGAGCACAAUAAUGCUCGGAAAAAGAGGAGUGCAAGCAAAGAAGAUUGCAAAGCAUACUGUAAAAUGGGUGAAAAGCCAGAUGAGGAAGGGAGAAGCUGUGCAAGGCGCUACAUAGACGACACUACAUUUGCUUCGCCCUCUUGUAGGACAGCGUUCUGGCGAUGCUGUAAAAAAGCUUUUGGUGCAGAAGAUUCUGCACUUCUGGCAAGAAAUCUGGACCUCGGUGAUGACUUUGGUCCAAGUGAAGAAGAAAUCCUCUCUCAAACACAAGUCAGAUCUUUUUUCCCGGAAACCUGGAUCUACGACGAGAAAGUUGUUGGCCCGGAUGGAUUGGUUCAGAUGGGUGUCACCAUACCCGACACCAUUACCACGUGGGUCAUGCAGGCCGUGGCAAUCAACAAUAGAACCGGACUGGGUCUAGCCACGCCUCUCAGGAUUCUGGCAUGGCGUCCAAUAUUUCUCUCUCUGAAGUUCCCAUAUUCAGUCAAAAGAGGAGAGCAAAUAUCCAUCCUGGCAACAGUGUUCAACUACCAUAAGGAAGAGCUGAGGGCAAAAAUUUACCUCCAGGGUGACAAAGAUUUUUGCUCGACUGCUGCUGAUGGCAAAAAAGCUCAGAUUGGUAUCGUUGAUAUUCCGCCCGGCAAUGCUCGCUCGGUUGCUGUGCCAAUUGUUCCUAAAAGAAUUGGAGAAAUCUCAAUUGAGGUCUCAGUCAUACUAGCAGGUGAUGUUGGUGGAGCAAUGAUGAACCAAGCUGGAGAUUCUGUGAGAAGAAAACUUUACGUUGUGCCGGAAGGAAAGGAAACUCGAAAAACACAGUCUUUCGUAUUGGAUCCAAAAGGAAACCUAAACGAUGGUCCUAAAAGUGGAGAUCAAAAGCAAAACAAACCAACUGCAGCGCCUUUCCAGAGUCAAUCACGAGUGGAUGACAACGGUCAGCACGACGUUAUCAACUUGGAGUUUCCAGAGAAAGCCAUUCCUGGUUCAGUCGGUGCAGUAGUUUAUGUGACAGAGAUAACGCACUGCUGCGGAGACAAUUCGAUAUCAAGCAUCUCCUUGGGGGAGAUCUCUUUGUCGACACUCAAGGAACCGGUGUAGGAAUGCUGGAGGUUGAAGUUCGUUACAACGUUCCGUCGACUCGCGGCGAGAGUUGUAAGUUUGACCUAAACAUCACAGUGAAAGAAAUCAAAGAACCUAAAGUGGGCAAUUUGUUUGGUCCUGUGGAAGAUGAAGCUGCUGAUGAUAACGAGAAAGGAAAAAAGAACGACAAGGGAGGAAUAAAUCGGUGCAAGAAAUUAAAAGGCAAGAAAGCGAAAAGAAAAUGCAGAAAAGAGGAGAAAGAAAAGCAAAAGAAGAGGAAUAAGAACAAGAAUAAUAAAAACAAAAGGCCUCCGCCUAAACAUCAGCCCGUCAAGAGCAUUCACUUAAAAGUUUGCACUAGGUACAAAGAGAAAGGUAAUAUCGGAAUGUCCAUAAUGGAUAUUGGAAUUCUGACAGGAUUUAAACCCGAUCAGAUCUCACUGAAUAAGUUGCAGGAUAUAGCUGAAGUGGAUAAGCUUGAGGUCUCACACACCUCACUGGUUGUUUACCUCAGUGAGAUUCGCAGUGACCGUCCUCUAUGUGUAGAUGUUCGGUUUGAUAGAGAAUAUUAUGUGGGAGUCGUGCAAGCGGUACCGGUGAAUGUAUACGACUACUACGAACCAGAUCAAUCCUGCAGCAAAUUUUAUGGACCUGAGAAGCACAGCCCGUUGAAGUUGGGAGUUUGUGAAGUUGGCUUAAGAUCGUGCAAAUGCACCCAAGAUGAAUGUGCUCAAAGAGAUCCUCCUAUUGGUGAUGUGGACAAGCUGAUUAAUUUAGCUUGUGACAAUUACAAUUACGUUAUAAAAGGAAAGGUUCUGCUGAUCGAUGAAGACGGAAGUAUGCUAAACUACGUUGUCGAGGUUUUGCAAGUUAUUCAACAAGGCCACAAGAACUUAAAGGUUAGACAGAGGAUCGAACUCAAGAAACGUGGAUCGUGCCAGAGUCCCGAUAUGAAGGAAAAUACAGCGUACUUGAUCAUGGGAUUGGAUAAAGGGGGCAGGUACCAGCUGGACAAGACUGCGUUUGUUAAACUGUGGCCAGAGAAACGUGAUCUCAACAAGGAUAUUUUGGAGGAGUUUGCUCAGAGAUAUGUCUGCCCUUAGUCUUUUGAACAAAUAUUGCCCAUUUGAUUAGUUUCGUCUACAUUUUGCUAACUUGCUAAAUUAAGACAUUUUAUCAUUUCCAAAUUGCUGUAAGUAGCCCAAAAGUAGAAGAUUACUUGCUCCAGUUGCCUUAUGUUUUUUGUAGACUAGAUGCGUUUCUUGCUGUGUUAGCAAGUGAGUUAUUUUUAAGCAUUAAAAAAACCUUCAAAGGCAUGCGUAGUUUUUAUUUAGUUAUGAAGACUAACAGAUAAUUUGGCAUAAUUCAUGUUAAUUUAAAUACAUCCUGAAGGAAUUCACAUCGAAGAAAAAUACAAUGAGUUUCAAAAUUGUUUGCUAAGAAGAAGUCUAGAAAAAUCAAACAAACAAACGAACUAAAAAGAAAGAAAAAGAAAUCAACUUGGACAAUAUCUGGUUGAUCAAUAACACAUAUAUUAAUUAAAGAAAGUUUCAGUUUAUUCAUGUUUAAUAAAUUAAAUGCAUUAAUUCUUA